AAGGAGCCCCGCCCCGGAAGCGGCGCCACGCCCUUCCGCCGCCGCGGAGGGGAGCCAGCUGCGGGCCGCCGUGACGGGAGGAGCGGAGCGCGGAGCAGCGCGGCGGGUUCUCUCCCGCCGCCCGGGGCAAGCGGAGGAAAAUGAGCCUGAAGUCUGAACGCAGAGGAAUUCACGUUGAUCAGUCAGAGCUCCUGUGCAAGAAGGGAUGUGGUUACUAUGGCAAUCCAGCUUGGCAGGGAUUUUGCUCCAAGUGCUGGAGAGAGGAAUACCAUAAGGCCAGGCAGAAACAGAUUCAAGAGGAUUGGGAGCUGGCAGAGCGGCUUCAGCGUGAGGAGGAGGAAGCAUAUGCCAGCAGCCAGAGUACCCAAGGAGCACAGUCACUGACCUUUUCAAAGUUUGAGGAGAAGAAAACCAACGAGAAAACACGGAAGGUCACUACUGUGAAAAAGUUCUUCACUGCUUCUUCUAGAGCGGGAACUAAGAAGGUGGCUCAAGAGAAAAUCGUUAAGCAAGGACAGCUUGGGAGGGAGCGAAAUGCUGAUAACAUUCUCAGGGAUUUGAAGGAAAUUUUUACUCCCUCCUGGGAACUGGCUUCCCCUACUGAAGCAGAGAUCCAAGAAGCCAAGGCUCCCAGUCCUUCCAUAAACAGGCAGGCUAGCAUCGAGACAGAUCGAGUGUCCAAGGAAUUCGUAGAGUUUCUCAAGACCUAUCAUAAGCCUGGACAAGAUAUCUAUAAGCAAUGUAAACUCUUUUUGGACACAAUGAAUCAUAAAAGGGACUUGACUAUUGAGGAGCAAUCUGAAUGUGCCCAGGACUUCUAUCAAAAUGUAGCAGAAAAAUUACAGACACGUUGGAAAGUGCCUCCUGAAAAAGUUGAAAAGGCAAUGGAUCAGAUUGAAAAAUACAUUAUGACUCGACAGUAUAAAUAUGUGUUUUGCCCUGAAACAACUGAUGAUGAGAAGAAAGAUCUUGCUGUCCAAAAGAGGAUCAGGGCUCUGCACUGGGUAACUCCCCAGAUGCUCUGUGUUCCUGUCAAUGAGGAGAUUCCAGAAGUCUCUGACAUGGUUGUGAAAGCAAUUACAGACAUCAUCGAAAUGGAUUCCAAGCGUGUCCCUCGCGAUAAAUUAGCUUGCAUCACCAAGUGCAGCAAGCACAUAUUUAAUGCUAUUAAGGUCACCAAAAACGAACCAGCUUCUGCUGAUGACUUCCUUCCAACACUUAUAUACAUUGUUCUGAAGGGGAACCCACCCCGUCUGCAGUCUAACAUCCAGUACAUAACACGCUUCUGUAACCCAAGCAGGUUAAUGACAGGAGAAGAUGGCUACUAUUUUACCAAUCUGUGCUGCGCUGUGGCCUUCAUUGAAAAACUGGAUGCUCAGUCUUUAAAUCUAAGCCAAGAAGAUUUUGAUCGUUUUAUGACUGGUCAAACAUCCCCAAAGAAGCAAGAACCUGAGAGUUUUUCACCUGAUGUGUGCUUGGGUGUUAAGCAAAUGUAUAAAAACUUAGACCUCCUAUCUCAGUUGAAUGAGAGACAGGAAAGAAUUGUCAGUGAAGCCAAGAAGCUUGAGAAAGACCUAAUAGAUUGGACUGAUGGAAUUACAAAGGAAGUCAAAGAUAUUGUUGAGAAAUAUCCAUUAGAAAUCAAACCAAAAAAUCAAGCCUUAGCAGCUAUUGACUCUGAAAAUGUGGAGAAUGACAAGCUGCCCCCACCACUGCAGCCUCAGGUGUAUGCAGGGUAAUUGUCAGUGUUCACUUUGAAAAGUAUCAUUGUCCUCACCUAGGACUAUUUGCUACUUGGGGAGGGAAGGCAAUUUAAGGCUACAAUUCAGAUAAGCUUAAAUCGGUAAAUUUUUAAAGGUUGUUUUGUUUUGUUAAGUGUAUUUAUUUUAGCCAAGUAGAUUUCUAUUAGGCUUUGCUGGGUUUUUGAACUGAAUUUAGAUUUUUCUACACAAACUGGUGUAAUUUUUAAUCAACACUAGUUCAUUGACAUCUUUUCCUGAAGGCUACCUUCUAGGCAUGCACUUAACUCCUUUUUAAUAAUUCCACCUGAGUUGGAGUUGCAGCAGAAGCUGGAAAGAUAAGAUGUUAGCUUCCACUGAUUCUGUAGCUGUAAAGAUGAAAUUAUAUAUUGUAAAAUAUGUAAAGUUGUAAAUAGAAUUUCAACUCUAACGUCUCAGCUGUGCAUGACACCUUGUGUGGAGGUGAAAAUGAUAUCCAAGUGUUCAUUUCAGCACCUUUCAGUUGAAUCACCUUGCAGUAUAAAGGCAGGCACACUCUUCGUGUUUCCAUGAGCUAAAUGGUGUAACGAUGAGUUGCAGGCAGAGGAUAUUGUGAUGAGUGGAAGGGUUGACACUCAGACUGGGAAAGUCUAUUUGAAACAUUUCUUCAUGUAAACAUUCUGUCUGCUUUGUUCAGUUCACCUGAUCACCUUCAGGGGUGCAUAGAAGUGCUGAUGUUGCUCCAUUUGAGGGGAAUGUUGAGCCUGGUUUCAGAAAUAGGAGAGAAUAUUAGUAUGAAAAAAAUGCAUAAUGUAGAAUUAAAAAGGGGGAGGGGAGGAGAUAUUUUUAAGAGUUGCACCAAAAGUGGCUUUCUGUUCUGGUAUUGCCCAGUAAUUUCCAUCCACGGGCUAGGUCUUGAUUGCUUCUUUGACAAUCCUGGUAGAUAAAUAAGUUCAUAUAAUGAGAGGCUGCUUUUUAGAAGGAAGGAUGAGCUGUUGCUCUGAGCAUAAAAUGCACUUUAUUUUCAUGAAACAGCGUUCUUCUGGUCUUUAGGGACUCUCUUUAGCAAAAGGACUUCCCUUGCUGAAGCACUGCACGUCAAGGUAACUGUGGUUUGAUGUCACAGUGUGUUUCAAGCCAAGAGUAAUAGUUGACUCUGCAAAAAGUAACCUCUUGUGGGAGAACUUUUUUAUGCCAGUGAAACAUUUGCGCUAUCGCUUUAAGUAUCUUCCAGUGACUCCAGGCUGCCAUCCCUUGUUUGUGUACCUGAGAUAUCAAACAUAAUGCUACUUAGCUUCAGCUGCUUCUAAGCAAUGUGAAAUUCUCACCAUCGAGGAGGGGAAGGAACUACCUCUUCAUUUUGUUCCACUGCUUUCAAAAAAAACCACUGCGAUUUGAAAUUUGCACUGCAAUAAUUUCAGACCACAACUGUGAUUUGUGUGUUUCCCCCCCCCCCCCCUUUUUUUUAUCCUGUCCAGUGGGUUGAACCUUAUGAACUAUGCACUCCUAGUGUUGCAGAGAACCACUUACCCCCCCAGACUCCACUAGAGAGGUGAAGCUAAAUAGGUUAUUAUGAGGGGCAGAUUGAUUAAUGAAUUAAUUUGUGUGUGGCACUGUGCCCAAAUUAAUUAGUAUCUGAUCUGACCAGUCGCUUGCAGUAAUAAGACUGUAAAAUAUUUACUUUCUGUCUAAACACUAGGUGCUAAUUCUGAUAUCCAGGUACACAGGUCUUCCUGGGGGUGGGGACAGGGAAAGCAAACUUUGGGCUCUUGUGUAAAUUGACAUGUUUAAAUAAAAGUGUGUACAUUA